AAAGGGGAAGGGGGAAGGCGGGACUUCCGGCGGGAAGAUGGCGGCGCUGCGGAGGGCUCUGGGGGCACUGCGGGUCGGGGUGCGGGGCCGCUCGGCGGGGCCGGGGGGAGCCCUGGCCCUGCCCCGGGCGCCGUUGGGGGCCGACCCCCACCCGGAGGAGCCCAUGGCGGUGGCGCAGAGGAAGAACCCGGAUUACCACGGCUUUUCGGCGGAGCCGGAUGCUGACGUCCUCAACAUGCGGGCGGUUUUCUUCACCGGCAUCUCCCUCGCCAUUGUCCUGGGCUCCGUCUUCCUCCACUACAUGCCCGACUACGGGUUGCAGCAAUGGGCCCGCCGGGAAGCCGAGAUCCUCAUCCGGGAGCGGGAGAAGAGGGGGGUGCCCCUCUUGGACCCCAACUAUUACGACCCCGCUCGCCUCCCCCUGCCCCCCCCCGAGGAAUGAACCCCUGGGACACCCCCCCACACCCCCCCCCAGACCCCUGGGACCCCAUGGGUGCCCCCCCACCCCCCCGGGUUCCCUUUUUGGCGGGGGUGGGGGGGGGAAGGGGCGGGUGUCCCCGCUGUGGGUCUGUGAAUAAAGCCAUGGGGGCUCGGCCGGA